GGUCCGGCGACAAUCGCCAUGCGUUUCGACUGUAUCGAGCGGCGAAUCGCGCAGUUCUUCUACAGCUAUGGUCACUACCUGUCCAGCAAUCCGUUGCCGUUCGUCGUCUUCCCCGUGCUUUUUACACUCGCGAUGGCCAUUGGAUUCUUGCACAUUCAACCACUAACGGAUGCAGUGUACUUAUUCACUCCGCUCAGUGCACCAAGCAAACUCGAACGACAGGCGAUUCACGAGAAAUGGCCCCUGUCCGACGAUAACUACAUCGCCGGACGAGCUGUGACUCAGAAUCGCGAGAUACAGGUGAUAGCUCUCGCUCGUGAUGGCGGUAAUAUUUUGGAGCCACCCUACAACGAAGCAGUGUUUCGCCUCGACGCAGUUGAAGUUCUCCACGAGGAGCACUACUACUCGUAUGAGGAUCUCUGCCUGCAGUACAAAGAUAGUGGUUGUCCGGGUAACAAGCACGUUCGUAGGCUCUCCGAUUUCUACAAUCAUGGAAUCAACAUCACAUUUCCAUACUUUCGAUUUGGAACCGAAGGAGGAUACUUGGGUGCAGCGCUUGGAGGUGUGUCGUUGAUGAGGACCGAAAAGGGUUCCAGUAUUUUGGCUAGUGCUCGUGCGUGGUUCCUAAUCUAUCAUCUGAAGUUCUAUCCGAGUAAUAUUAGCUACAUUUCUGGUCUCUGGGAAAAGGAGCUCGCUAUUCACCUAUCUGCAUAUCCUGAAGAUCCCUAUAUAAAAAUCACAUACUUCCAUUCACAAACGCUAGCCGACGAACUGCGUCGAAACGCUGAUUCUCUGAGUGUCGUCAACGCCGGAAUGGGGAUUGUGACGUCGAUCGGAACGCUGCUGCUGCUCGGACUGCCGUACAGCGACAUCGUCUCCGUGAUGCCGUUCCUUGUCGUCGCGGUCGGCACCGACAACAUGUUCCUGAUGGUCGCCGCGAUGCGUCGUACGUCACGCUGUGCUCCGGUGGCCGAGCGGAUGGCCGAGUGCCUGUCGGAUGCCGCCGUCUCGAUCCUCAUCACCGCCACCACAGAUGCCCUCUCAUUCGGCGUCGGUGCUAUCACCUCCUUGCCAGCUGUGCACAUUUUCUGCGUCUAUACCGGGGUCGCCAUCUCCUUCGCGUUUAUCUACCAGUUGAGUUUAAUACAUGUUUUGCAUGGCGUGCGCCGUGUUGACCUACAACGAUCCAUUGGUGAUGUGCAGAAAUUUCAGGUGACAUUUUUUGCUGCUCUUCUAGCGAUUUUCACGAGAUUAGAAGAGUCCGGACGUAAUAGCAUCCUGGGUCAAAGGACUCUGACCGAAUCGGAUAUCAAGGUGGCAACUCUACCAGAGCGGCUUUUUAACCUUGGCUCAAAACCAGAACCCUCAAAGGGCAACGAAGUUAAGGAGGCGGCCGUUUCAAGAUUCUUCCGAGAUUGGUACGCUCCGCUUCUUAUGAAUAAUGUGGUGCGCACCAUCACCAUGGGUUGGUAUCUGAUCUAUCUAUUCUUCGCUUAUUAUGGUGUUACACAGAUCAAGGAAGGUCUCGAGCCAACUAAUCUCCUCGUUCAAGACUCCUAUGCGAUUCCACAUUACAAACUCCUGCAGAAGUACUUCUGGAAGUACGGCGCUAUAUUGCAGGUCGUCGUGAACAACGCGCCUGAUCUCCGCAAUGCGACAUCGCGCGACCGCAUCCACGCCAUGGUCGGCGACUUCGCGACCACACGGCAUUCGAUCGGAAAGGAGUCCGUGCAGUUCUGGCUCUAUGAAAUGGAAUCGUACUACCACGAUUUGUUGGAUAUGAAAAUCAUCGACGACGCCUUCUACAGCAUGCUGAAACACUGGUUGACAUCAAAGCACAACAAUCCUUGGGUCGAAGACCUCUACUGGGAUGUUACACAGGACAGCAAUGUCACCGUGAAGAGUUUUCGAAUCACCUCUAAACCAUCUGCAAGACAGAUUCAGUCAAGUGUUUUCAGAUUUCUGAUAGGGAUGUAUGACAUCUCAGCUACUAAGGACCAGAAGGACGCAACUGUGUUAUUCAGAGAAGUAGCAAGUCGCUGGCCGGAGUACAAUAUCACUACGUUCAUGCCACUUUGGUUGUUCACCGAUCAGUACGCCAUCAUCGUUCCUAAUACGGUGCAGAACAUCGUCAUCGCGCUCACGUGCAUGGUGCUGAUCGCGUUCGUACUGAUUCCACAGCCGAUGUGUGCGUUCUGGGUAGCAUUGGCAUGUGCCUCCAUUGACUUCGGUGUCGUAGGCUACAUGACCCUAUGGGAUGUGAAUCUGGACGCUAUUUCUAUGAUCACCAUCAUUAUGUCGAUUGGGUUUUCUGUCGACUAUGCGGCCCACAUCACUUACGGCUACGUGGUUUCCGAUGCACUCACACCAAGCGACAAGGUCAGAGACGCGCUGUCAGCUCUCGGAUGGCCGUUAUGCCAGGGAGCAAUGUCGACGAUCAUCGCCGUGUCUGUACUGGCAGAUGUUCCGGCGUACAUGAUCAUCACAUUUUAUAAGACGGUACUGCUCUCGAUAUUGAUUGGUCUUCUGCACGGACUCGUCUUUCUGCCGGUUCUUCUGUCGACGUUCGUUAGAGGUUGCUGUUUCAUAAGUCCUAGUGCUCAAAAUGGACUCGAUAAAGAGAAAGUGAGCCACAUGUACUGUUGGAUUAUGUACUCUUUAAUCACGACUGCUCAGGUAACUCCGGCACUAACACAAGGAAGCCCUGCCCUCGAAUGCGGCGAGCACUGGACACCUAACGCACUUCACUCGAUAGCAUCGUUUUACUACAGCACACUGCACGUUUUCCUAUCGCCAACACAGAAUCUCACUGCAUCCACUCAGCUGUCACCACAGACCGUCGAAGUGCAAUCGGAAGCGAUCCACAACCGUUCACGGAACUCGAUGAAAUCACCGGAACAUCUAGAAUGA